AUGAAAGAAGAACAUGAAAAAUAUAUAAAAGAAAUGGAUGAGCAACAUAAAAAACAUAUGAAAGAAAUGGAUGAACAACAUAAAAAAUGUUUGUUGGUUGUGGCCAGGUUUGCUACAGAUGCUGCACUUGAUCUUGUUCAUAGAAUCAUGUUUGCGUUUGUAAUUUCCAAUAAAAAUGCUGCUUUAAAACAAGAAAAUAAUGAAUUACAUGAAAAUAAUGUGAAAUUAACCAAAGAAAAUGAUGAAUUGAAUGCUACAAACAAUGCUAAUAAUGAAAUAAUAAACAAAGCCAAUCAGAGAGCAAAUGAAUCGUUAGAAAAUUUAGAUAUCAAGUAUGAGAAGAGUGAGCUGUUGGAUAGUAAGAUGGAUAAAAUCAAACAAGUCAGUGAAGAAAUAAAAAAGUAUAUAAAAAUAGGUAAAGUUUUAAAUAAUAAACUUAAACAAUUUGUGAAAAAAUCAGGAAGCAAACAAGAAUUAAUUGAAAAGAUAUUAGGACAUGAUCCCGAUUAUGCAAUAACUAAUCUUAAUAAUAUAGAAAGACUUGCAGAUAUUUAUCAACAAUUUAUGAAAGAUAAUUAUGAUGAGGUAGCAUCCCAACAUGAAAAUAGUAUCGAAACAAUGAAAGCUAUCACAAAGAUGUGGAAAACAAGUCCUAAAAAUCCAAAGAAUGGAUUGGGAUUCAUUCAGGCAAAAUGGCAUCCAAUAAAAACACAAGAAAAACUAUUACAAAAAGAAAACCUACUUCAAAAAAAAAGAUUACACCGAUCAAAAAGAAAACCCAAAAAAGUUGUACUUCGUGCGGCUGUAAGAAUGCCUCUUGCAAAAAAAAGUAAAGUGUCUAAGAAAAAACCACCACCAAUAAAAAAAAAAGUGUCAAAAAAUACUGCUUGUUCACUUGGAUUUUGUGGAGAUGAAGAAAAACUAAAUAUAUGUGAAGCAAAAAGACCUCCUGGAGCACAAGUUAUAAAAGAGGAAUAUGGUGCUGUUACACAUGAAGGCCGAACAUUUUAUUUUGAUACUAUAUUCAAAAGAUUCUUUGCAGUUAGACUUUUUCAAAAAGAUUUUGGUCUUUUUACACAAUUUAAAUUACAUGACAUCUCAAUAUAUUUAGAUAUUUGGACAUAUCAUCAUGAUGAUCAUACUCAAACGAUAGAAAUUCCUACUGUAAGAGGGAAUACGACACUUACUUCUCUGAUUUCCAAAAUGAAAAUUAAAAGUUUUAUUUUGGACUUUGUAAUGAUCAUGAUCUGGCAAAGAAAAAGGAUACAGAUAUAUUAG